AUGGUAUACGUCUCAGAAGGAGCAAAAUGGAGGGCGUACCAAUUCAGCGACCCCUUCGCUGCUGGAUCCUUUUACGUUUGCAAUAAGGUAUCGAAAUUUUGUUGCCGUCCUGACUGUGAUGCACGGCCCGAUACCAACUUGAAAUCUGAAAUUAAAUUUGUUGAUAGUUUAUCGGAUGCUGUGAAUUUGGGUUACGUCCCUUGUGAGCAUUGUGACCCUAUGAGUGGUUCUUCAAUCGAUGUUCAAUUAUUGAUAGGCUGUGUCGCUAAUGUCAAUGAGAAAAUAGGAUUCAUGGCUCCAUUAUUGGACGAAAACGAAGAAAAGAAUAAUAGGGCAAUUAAAGAAAAUAUAAUAGAGAACAAAAGAGCAAGCGAACAGGUUUCCAGAAGAUGUUCCGCACCUUCUAUCAAUUACGAUGGAAAGUUUUCAAAAGAUUUUGAGGCCACCUCAUUAUCUAAAAAUGAUUCUGAUCAUUAUAGGCUUGUGGAUUUGGCCUGUAGACACUUGGCUUUAGCUGCUGCGGUAAGUAUAUUUCAACCUCAAACUCCGAAGGGUCCAAGAUCUCCAGAGGAAGCUUUGAGUCCUGGGUCAAACUCCAAGAAAAGAAGAAGAAGAGGCGGAGUCUUGGGAUUUAAGGAAUUAGCUGCUAAGUCAAAGUUGUCGGCAUGGCACUUUCAUCGUGUCUUCAAAUCUGUCACCGGAUUGACCCCCAAAACUUAUGGAGAUAAAUGUUGGGAGUAUAUUAAAAGUUAUAAAGAAUCUGGAAAGAUGACAAAAUUCCAUCAAGAAUUUUAUACCCCGGUAAGCUCAGGGUCGAGCUCAAGUAUAGAACCGGCAUCGAUCGAGGACACCACUGAACCACUGACUAAGAAAAUAAAGAUCGAGUCACCAAUCAAUGAUUCUUUGGUAAUGCCUAACCAAUCUAACGAGAUAACCUCAUUCAUGUCUGACGAUCAGAAACAGAGAUUUCAAACACCAGUAUCAGGGUUCGAUUUCAAUCAACCAUUGAUGAAUAAUAAUUUCAACAUGUUUGAUCAAGAAGAAUCAAGAGUACCGACAAAGGCAUUCUCUUUCCCAGAUUUGACAAAAUUUGCAGGAAAUCAGACUUCAAAUUCUUCUUCGGUCUCAUCAUCGAACUCUGCGGUUCCACCAUCACUUUUCGAUCACACUCAUAUUGAUGAUGUUCGCAACCCAGGAUCUAAUGUCCAAGAAUCUCCUUUGUUGGAAGAAUUUUUUGAUGAUGUUGGAGGUAAUACACUUGAUCCAAAUCCUCUUAACAUGAAUCCUAUGGGCAGUGAUAUGACCUUAGACAAUGCCCAAUUGAAUAAUAUUAACUAUUCAGGGAAUGAAUUUUCAAACUUGGGUGACUUCACCGAUGUUCAAUUUCAACUCAACCCGUUGAAUCAGCCAUUAAUGACUGACACGAUAGAUAGUCAAGGCAUUAUGGGCUUGUCACCAGAAAUGUUGUCGACUUCGAACAUAUGA